AGGUGAAAAUCAAGUCGGCUGUGUGCAAGUGAGUGUUGGUGGUUGCCUGGGUCACCAACUUGUUUCAUGUGAUUGAUCAAACAAACAAGCAGCAAACAGAAUGGCGUCGGCAGCAGCAGCAGCAGCAAAAGUCGCAGAAGUGCGUGAUAUCACUCGCAUUGAACGCAUUGGUGCGCAUUCACACAUCCGAGGACUUGGAUUGAAUGAAUCUCUUGAAGCUAGAAAUGUGUCUCAAGGUAUGGUUGGACAGAUGACAGCGCGCCGCGCCGCUGGAAUCGUCCUGCAGAUGGUAAAAGAAGGCCGCAUUGCUGGCAGAGCAGUCCUGUUAGCCGGACAACCUGGCACAGGCAAGACAGCAAUUGCCACAGCUUUAGCAUCAUCCCUAGGCUUGGAUACACCAUUCACAAGCAUGGCUGGCAGUGAAAUCUUCUCUCUGGAGAUGAGUAAGACUGAAGCAUUGACUCAAGCAAUCAGAAAAUCAAUUGGCGUUAGAAUUAAGGAAGAAAGUGAAAUCAUUGAAGGCGAAGUAAUAGAGGUACAAAUCGAGCGUCCCGCAACCGGCGAAGGCAACAAAGUCGGCAAACUCAUCCUGAAAACCACCGACAUGGAAACCGUCUACGACCUAGGCGGAAAAAUGAUCGACAGCAUCCUCAAGGAAAAAGUCCAGUCGGGCGAUGUGAUCACCAUUGACAAAGCCACCGGAAAGAUCACCAGACUAGGCAGAUCAUUCACACGCGCACGCGACUACGACGCCACCGGCCAACAGACGAGAUUCGUGCAAUGCCCCGAAGGCGAAUUGCAGAAACGUAAGGAAGUCGUCCACACCGUGACACUACACGAGAUCGACGUGAUCAACAGCCGCACGCAUGGCUUCCUAGCGUUGUUUUCCGGCGACACCGGCGAGAUAAAACCCGAGGUACGUGAGCAGAUCAACGGAAAGGUAGCGGAAUGGCGCGAGGAGGGUAAAGCCGAAAUAAUCCCCGGUGUGUUGUUCAUCGAUGAGGUACACAUGCUGGAUAUCGAAUGCUUUUCGUUCUUGAAUCGUGCGUUGGAGAACGAAAUGGCGCCCAUUGUCAUGAUGGCGACGAAUCGCGGAGUCACCCGCAUCCGCGGCACGAAUUACAAGUCACCGCAUGGCAUACCGUUGGAUUUACUGGAUAGAAUGAUUAUUGUACCCACAGUACCAUAUGAGGAGAAGGAACUGAAGGAGAUCUUGAAUAUUCGGUGUGAGGAGGAGGAUUGUCAGUUGACAGACGAUGCGUUGACGGUGUUAACUCGCAUCGCAUUGGAAACUUCACUGCGGUAUGGAAUACAAUUGAUAACCACUUCGUAUUUGAUUGCGAGGAAGCGUAAGGUGAAUGAAGUGGAAGUGGAGGAUAUAAAACGCGCGUACGAGUUGUUUUAUGACGAAGGACGCUCGGUGCAGUUCCUGAAAGAGUACCAGCAGGAGUUUAUGUUCAACGAGAGCGAUGGGGAUGCAGACGCCGAAGUUGAAAUGGACGUCAAAUAAUUAUACAUUCCGAUUUUUUUCAUUUUCGAGUCAUUUUCUGUUGCUGUAAUACAUUUACUUACUUUUUAUAAUUAGUAUGUUUGAGUUUGCCGAGACUUGUGAGCACGAAGGUGCGCAGAAUACCGGUUUGGCCAUCGUGAGCAAAACAGCGUCCACCCAACAUGUUAAAAUACAACUUUCUUAGGAUGUAUGAAGUUGGCGUGCCUAAACUCUGCAGGCAUUUUUGAAAACGCCGAUCGCAAUCACAAUGAGACCUAAAAAGAAAACACAUUAGUUAAUAGAAUUAAUAUAAUCUAUAGGGAUUAUUCUUGUGUUUAUACAUUGUAACGCUUGAAUUGUUACACAGAUUGGGUGCCAUUUGAUUGUGCACACAAGUCCCUGCCUGAAUAAACACCGGGCACAUGUCAUGCUCACGACAACAA